AUGGUUGUUCUCGAAACAAUUCGCGCCUCGAACCAGAAGAUCGGAGCAACUCUUCCCGGACUUGUCGCUGUGUUCGUCGGUGCAACCAAUGGUGUUGGAGAGGCCACUGUACGACAGUUCGCAAAGUAUGCAUCUGCACCGCGUGUCUACUUGAUCGGUCGCUCUCAAGAAGCAGGCACGCGCAUAAUCAACGAAUGCAAAGCUCUAAACCCAAAGGGCGAAUUCAUCUUCAUCAGCAAAGAUACCAGCCUCAUUCGCAAUGUCGACGAGAUAUGCGCUACGAUACGAGAACGCGAGAAAUAUGUAAAUCUGCUAUUCCUCACCAUCGGAACGUUGCAAACUGGCAAGACGACCGCAGAAGGCCUUCAUUACCCUGCUGCACUGGCUGUGCAUGCAAGAAACCGGUUCAUCUCCAACCUACUCCCUCUCAUAAACAAUGCAACCUCUCUCCGCAGGGUAAUCUCCGUCUUCAUCGCAACUCUCGAAGGAGAAAUUCAGAUGGACGACUUUCAAGGCUGGCACAUGAAACUCAUGGCAAACAGAGAUCAUGCCGCCUCAAUCACAACUCUAUCUCUCGAGAGCCAUCACAAAGAUAACCCGAACGUGUCGUUCGUUCACAAUUUUCCUGGCGUGGUUAAAUCGGGAAUCACUCGUGGGACUUCUGGACCGCUAUUUACUGCUUUGAAAGCUGUGAUUGGUGUGUUUGGCUCGCUGUUUUAUAUGCCUGCUGAGGAGGCCGGUGAUCGACAUGUGUUUCUGGCUACGAGUGCGAGAUAUUCGGCUAGUCUUGAAGAUACCACAGCUGGGGUGCCAUUGUCCGUAGCUGGUGGUCUGGCAACUGCUUGUGGCACCGAUGGUAAGAUAGGCAGUGGUGUAUACUCUAUCGAUGCCAGUGGCGAAAGUGCUGGGCUAAAAGUGGAGCAAGCACUAGCUUCGCUGCGAAGCAGAGGGAUGACAGAGAAAGUCAUGAACACAAUCAACACAGAUAUCGAGAAGGCGUUGGCGACAGGUCAGAACUGA